ACAUGCCGCUCCUCCGACCGACACGCGCUGACAGUCGAGCGUCCGAACGUCAACAAAGACGCGUCACGGGCGGAUUUUGUGCACGACGCGUCUCCGCGCUGCAGCUCGCUCCCUGCGCGCAGCACCAUCACCGGCGGAGCGAUACCAGCCUGUCCUCUCUUGCCCGGUUUGUCACAGUGAGUGCGGCUCGGCGCUCCGAACGUGUCCGUCGGCGCUGACAGACGAGCGGACCAAAGUGGACCAACGCGCUCAGCGCGCGGAAAUGCUGUUCUGCGCUCCUUGCACACCAAGAAUUACCUCCACGGGUUGACUGCUGCGGUUGUUUUGCAACUGAUGAAGAUUUUUUUAUUAUUAUUAUUUUUCAUUUGAUGCUUCGUUGUGGAUGUUUCUGAAUAUGUUUAUUGUAGUUGUCUGGUGUGGUGCAUGAGUCGCUGCCGGCUCUGGCCAUCGGGAGCGGUUGUGGCGGCUCGUUGACAUGCGUUCCCAUUGAGCUCGGCGCCGCCCCCUCCAGCGGUGUGGUGGCACUAUGCCAGUGCAGGCAGCCCAGUGGACAGAAUUUCUGUCAUGUCCCAUCUGCUACAAUGAGUUCGGCAGCAGCAGCCACCAACCCAUCAGCCUGGGCUGCUCCCACACGGUGUGUAAGACCUGUCUACACAAGCUGCACCGCAAGGCCUGCCCCUUCGAUCAGACACCCAUCAGCACUGACAUCGACCUGCUGCCGGUCAACUGUGCCCUGCUGCAACUGGUUGGAGCUCAGGUGCCAGAUGUGCAGCCGGUGAGUCUGAGCAGUGCAGCAGAGGUUGAGCACUAUGAUGUCUGCAGGGUGUGCGUAGAAGAGCUGGCACUCUACCUGAAGCCCAUCAGCGGAGCUAAAGGUGUGGCCGCUCUGAGUCCGAGUGCUCUGAGUCGCCCCAUGCAGAGGAAGCUGGUGACUCUGGUGAACUGCCAGCUGGUGGAGGAGGAGGGACGCGUGCGGGCGGUUCGAGCCGGCCGGUCACUAGGGGAACGUACGGUCACAGAGCUUAUCCUGCAGCACCAGAACCCCCAGCAACUCUCUGCCAACCUGUGGGCAGCUGUGAGGGCACGAGGAUGCCAGUUCCUGGGGCCUGCUAUGCAGGAAGAUGCCCUCAAGCUGGUUCUGCUGGCUCUGGAGGACGGCUCAGCCCUGUCCAGGAAGGUGCUGGUUUUGUUUGUAGUCCAGAAGCUGGAGGCUCGGUUCCCUCAGGCCUCCAAAACCAGCAUAGGCCACGUGGUGCAACUGCUCUACAGGGCCUCCUGCUUCAAGGUGACAAAGCGUGAUGAGGACUCCUCAUUGAUGCAGCUGAAGGAAGAGUUCCGAACGUAUGAGGCUCUGAGGAGAGAGCACGACGCGCAGAUCGUCCAUAUUGCCAUGGAGGCGGGACUACGAAUUUCACCCGAGCAGUGGUCGUCUCUGCUGUACGGAGACCUGGUGCACAAGUCACAUAUGCAGUCCAUCAUUGAUAAGUUGCAGUCUCCAGAGUCGUUUGCAAAGAGCGUUCAGGAGCUCACAAUCGUUUUGCAGAGAACUGGAGACCCUGCCAACCUCACGAGCCUCAGACCUCAUCUGGAGCUUCUCGCCAACAUCGACCACAAUCCAGAUGCACCAGCACCAUCAUGGGAGGAGCUGGAAAGUGUGAUGCUAGCCGUGAAGCUGGUCGUUCAUGGGCUGGUGGAAUUUAUACAGAACUUUAGCAAGAAGAGCCACGACACUCCUCAGCCUCAAGCCAACAGCAAGUACAAGACCAGCAUGUGUCGAGAUCUCCGUCAGCAGGGCGGCUGUCCCAGAGGAACUAACUGUACGUUUGCACAUACACAGGAUGAGCUUGAAAAAUUUAGACUGAGGAACAAAAAGAGCAGCAGUGCGGGUCGUCCCUUCCCUUUAGCACAGGGGGUCAUGGGUAAAACCUUCACCUUGGAGGGUGGCGCCCUUUCACCGGAUGUAUCACCAGGAGUGGGACAGGGGCUUAAAGCGACAGAGAACAUUGCUCUGACAGAGAGCAUCCCCAGCUUAACUCACACCAGCCUCAUCCCCCAAGGGGCUAACACAACAGAGGAAAUGAAGGCAACGGCACCAAACGGAUCAUGUGGGUCCAACGGAUCCAACAGAAAUGCCUCUGGUUCAACAGAACAGAAACCCGUCUCUCCUCCGAGGACUCCAGUCAGCCACUCCUCAGCUUCAUCUCCCUUGACAACAGUCAAGGGACAUGGUCAUUUCCUGUUGCGUGGCUCACAUCCUUCUCAGGUGUCAGAGCUGUACUACCAGGAACCCCAUUCUGCAUAUGACACCGCUCAUUAUCAGCCAACAUGCCCUUACUAUCCACCCACACUUCACCCGCCGAACAAGCCCUGCAUGGCUCGCUUCCUCCGAUCUUCUAACGUCCCAGAAUCCUCCCUGCCUCCUUCCAUUGGCCCUCCACCAUCUUCAUAUACCAGCGACCCUCAAACUCCCCAUCCCGCUUCGUCCUCUUCCUCGACGUACUCGCCCCUCCCACCAAGAGAUCGGAUAGGACCACCUCCCUUCCAUCCUCACCCAGGACAGCCUCAGUACGGACCCCUGGCCCCCACCCAUGGUGUUUACACCCCUCUCUAUGACAGCAGGAGAGUGUGGAGGCCCCAGCUGUACCACCGAGAGGAUGCCAGAAGCAACUCACUGCCCCCAGAGGUGCUGCAUUCCUCUGUCUACCAGCCUCCACUCAGGGAGAGAUUCAACUCUCUCGAUAGCAACUACUGCUCUGCAGCCGAACACCGCGCUGCACUGCACAGGGACUAUGGCCGUUUUCCUCUGGGAUAUGAAGAUCUCUUCAGGUGGAAGCAGGAGCAGUGGGCGCAUCAUCACCCCCAUCACAAUACCAGCAGGCCCUCUCAGUCCUCCCCCAUCUUCACCAUCGAUUUUGGACCAGAGCAUGUGGAGAGCGGUGGUGGACAGUGUGUGGGGUGCAGGUACAGAGGAGAGGAGAGUUUAGCCCACUACUCCCCCUGGUCCUGUGGUACCAUCGGGCCCUGCCUCAGCCCGUUUGAGCCUGAGACUUUGGGACACCCCUCGCCUCACCUCUCGCCUCAGCCCUGCUCAGAGCACUCUGAUUUGGAAGGUAGUGGAGGUAGCAGCAGUGGUGGCGAUGGUGUCAGCAAGCAUUGGCUGCAUUCAUUGGACCCCUACCGGCGCCUGAAAGAUGAGGAUCCAAUCAUUCCCUUUGGUGAAGGGCCUAUCAUCUCCAAAUGGGGUGCCAUAUCCAGAGCUUCUCGUACAGGCUACCACACCACUGACCCUGUCCAGGCUACGGCCUGCCAGGGCAGCUCCAGUACCACGCCCAUCAACUUCAAAGAUUAUAACUCCCACUUGGAUCACAGUGAGUACCGAUGGAGUCCCCGACGAUCCAACUCUUCGAGCCACUCCAAUUUCCUUGAGAGUGAGCAGCUUUGUGUGUCAGAGCUGCACGGUCGUCGUAGUUCAGUGAUUGGAGGAGAUAAAAUGAUGUCUGAUCUGCCGACCUCCUACAGCCAAGAACCAGAACCGGACAGAGACAUUGAGCUAGAGCUGUGUGCUCUGGACAUGGAGGACUCAGACCACCAAGACACCAAAUCUCAGGAGUCUUUAGACCUGACCAUCCCACAAUCUCAGGAUGCUUCCCAUCUCCUCCCACCUCCCUGCUCCUCUCCACUUCUCCCAUCCUCUGUGGAGGGGCACCCUGACACAGAAGGGCCUUUGCCAGAUAAGAUGGACUCUCAGUUGCUCAAAAAGAUGGCCUUCAGGAAGUCUCUUUCUCCAAGACGGUUCAUCUCCGGUGGUCUGGGUGUUGGUAAACUGGUAAUGCAGACUGGGGGGACUCGACUGGGGGAUGCAUCCACACCUGGAACUGAGAUGCUGCUGAAUGGAAGCUAAGAAGACACAAUUUGUGCACUUGUUUGAGCCAGCAGUUGAAGUUUUGGGAAAUUAGAUUUGACCAGAAGCAAGAGAAACCAUACUGUUCUGCCUGCUGAGCAUUGACUUUCACUGGUGUGCAAAUACAAAGAGAAGUUAGUGAUAAUGUUGCCUAUGCCUUUCACCAUUUUACCUGUUAAGGGUUUAUUUAUUACUAACCAAGCCUCUUACAUGUUUUCCUUGAGAAAGUUUAUUAUAUGUCAUGGAUUUAUGUCAUGGCAGCACAGUGGAUUACUGGUUAGCACUGUUGCCUCACAGUGAGAAGGUCUUGAGUUUGAAGCUGACCUGAUAUUUUCUGUGUGGAGUUUGCAUGUUCUCCUCUUGUUUAGUUACUUGAGUUCUCGCUGGAUAAUUUGGCUUCUUCCCAACUCCAAAUACAUGCAGGUUUGGUGAAGUGGAAAUUCUAAAUUAACCGUGAGCGGAUGAGAGUGUGAUUGUCUUUGUCUGUCUAUGUGUGUCUAACCUGUAGUAGACAGGCAGCCUUUCCGGGAUGACCCCACUUGUCGCCCAAUCACAGCGAAGAUCAGCUCCAGCACCACCGUAAUCCUUAAUUGGAAGAACUGGGUUCAGAAAAUGAAUGAAUGAAUGGAAUUACAUCAGGAAGCUAGAUUCCAACAGUUCCUGUACAAUUUAUGUAACUAUAUUUUAUUUUGUAUUGUAAUUGUUUCAUUUCUUUAUUCAUUAAUUUCUUAGUUUUAUGCCCAUUGAGUGAGCUGUAAGAUGUACUCAUUGCUGGUUUAGAGUGAGGCCAACAUUAUCAAAAAUCUUAUCGUAAAUACAGAAUUGUCCAGUUCUUAUAGCAACACAGGUCUCAGCAGGCUUUUACAUGGCAGUGUUAUCAUAGAAUGUGAGGCCACUGACACAAUUUUUUUAAAUCCACACUUUCACAGUGUUCUUUGAAAUAUCUAAAGCUAGACAAAGUAAUGAGAGCAACGUCCUACACGUGUAGGACAAAAGAAAUUAAACAUGUUUAAUUUUC